AGACACAACUGAAAGGCGGACAACAUUUAUUAUAGCUGGCUGGCUGGAACCAGAAUAACUUUCUCAAUAACCACGAGGAGCAGAAUCACAGAAGAUGGAGAGGAUAUCUGCUCUGUCAUGGAGAGAGUCAGCUCUCAUGGUCCUCUGCUUGGUCUCCACACUUGGUCUGAAAGAUGUGACGUCUCAAUCCCUUGAGUGUUACUCUUGCACGGACCGGGGUGACGGGGGCUGCCUCCCCGAAAAUGCUGUCAGCGUCACCUGCUCCUCGGGUUAUAAUGUUUGCCUUGAGGCCAUCAGCGCCAUAAGAACAAGCCAUGAUGACCACAUUGUUCUGAAGAAAGGCUGCAGUUAUGGCGACACCGAGACACUGGACAAAACCAUCUCCUUCUACGGGAUCACCAUAGUUAUUCAUUUGAAUCAGUGCAACAGCAGCUUGUGCAACAGUGAGGUGGACCUGAAAGACUAUCAGCUGGCCACAGACGGUAACGUAACUCAUGUUCCUAAUGAAGAGCAAUGCUACAGCUGUAUCGGAAAGGAUGAAUGCUCCCUAAAUGCUCCUGUCAUCUCCUGCUACGACACCUACAGUCACUGCUUCGAUGGGAAUGUCACAAUAUCCAUCGAUAAUGACACAACCCUCAUUCCAGUCAAGAGCUGCACCCUGAGAUACCGUUGUGCGGUGCAAACGCUGACCCACGGCAGUGCAUCAUUUGAGAUAAAAGGAGCCUGCUGCUCAGGACAGCUCUGCAACCGAGACCUCUCUAACAAAACCCAGCUUGGAGACAUACCUUUUCUAAUAUUCCUUAAUGAAAAUAAUGAAGAACCAACCAUCACUGAUCUACCUAAUCCAUGGUUAAACCCUAUAGAUAUGCUGCCAACCACACAGGGUACCAUCCCGAGAGAUGCUCCAAACAGCACUGCCGCUGCUCGUUCCAGUAAUCAUCCACAAGAGAGCCAAACGAACAACACGGCCUAUGGACUGGUCUUCUCGCCUUGGCUUAUUUUUAUCCUAAGUUGUCUUUCGUGAUCAUUUGGUUCCAUCUUCUAUUUUGGACUUUUGUACAUUCUGCACUUUUACUUAUUGGACAAUGCACUGGAAAAUU